GUGUGAAGCAAGAGAAAAAUGGCGUUGGUGCUGUAAAAACGUAAUAAAUUUCUUAUUUAAUGAUUUUGAACAGUGAAAAGUAAACGUAAAGUUGAUAAAAUGUUUCCCGGUGGCAAUGCCAACACGGAUUUGGGAUACAAGAAGCACAAUAAUCAGUAUGUGGGACAGCCGCCGCCGCAUUUUCUUGCAACUGCAGCUGCCACAACGGCAAGUAGCGGAAGUAUGCACGGCGGGGGAAUGAGCAUCGAUUGGGCAAAGUUAGCCCAGCAAUGGAUACACAUGCGCGACAGUGGAGCAUCAGCUCCGCAACUGGCUAAUUUUAGCCUUGUGGCGCCGCCGCCGCCGAUUAUUGGCAAUACCGCACAGUAUCAACAACAAACGCAUCCGCCGACAGAGACGACGAAGCAACCGCUAAAGCGGAACUUGGAAGAACAAGGCGAGGCGGACAUGGAUAUGGAUGAUAACGAGGACAAUGAGCCACAUCAACGGGUGGACGGCAUGAACACGCCCCCUCCCGUGCCCAUAGUUACGCAAUCGCAGUGGCUGGGAAUGGGUAUGGGUGGUAAUGAUUGUGUCAGCAGCGAUGUGGGUGGGGGCGUGGGUGUGGUUGGAGUCUCGCACUGGAAUAUGUGGCAGGGUCGUGGCAAUGUGCCGGCGUCAUCCGACAAUAUUCCUCCUAAUCCCACAGCGCAUAUACCAUCGUUACUCAAGCUAAAUGUGACCAAUCCGAAUGAGCCGCAACAACAACUGCAACAUCACCAGCAACAGCAGCAGCAACAACAGCAACAAAGUGACAACGGCAAUGAUAACCCCACAAAUGGAAUUGAUGCAAACAAACGAAAAAUGUUGCCAGCUUGGAUAAGAGAGGGUUUAGAGAAAAUGGAACGCGAAAAACAAAGGCAACAAGAGCGUCAACACCCGAAGACGCCAACAUCACCGGAAAUUGAAAAAGAGACCAAUGUUAAGCAAGUAUCAAGCAAAACACUAACAACACCUGUUAAUCUAUUGAACAUCUCGCAUAUGGCAAGCGACAGUGAAGAUUCCAAUGCCGCUGCUGAUGAGGUUUUACACAUGCCAAGGGCUCCUCAAAUAAUAGGUAACGAUGUAUUGAGGUUGGGUAAAACGAGCAACAAACAAUUUCAAAGCGAGUAUGCUGUUGAUGACGAGGAUGGUGACAGCGAGGAUAUUGUUACCAACACGCCUGCGACACAUGCCCAGGCACAGACACAACAGAUACAGACAAAGGAUUCCAAUGCAACAGCAUUAAGUGGUAAAACCUACGAAGAAAGACUCGCCGAUUUGAUGCUUGUUGUGCGUCGCACACUAACCGAAAUACUAUUGGAGACGACUAAUGAAGAGAUUGCCGCCGUGGCACAAGAAACAAUCAAAGCGCACCGCGCUAAAGCGUCAUCAGCCCAAGUGAUUCGCAAAAGCGCCUUGUCCUCCAUUACCGGCAAUUUGGGUUUAGCUGCUUAUGGCGAUUCUUCUAGUGAGAGUGAGGAUGAGGACCACGAGAAUGAUGAUGGCAACAGUGAUAACGCAUCGGACCCCAAGGAUGCAGAUAAAAGUGCUGAGCUUAGCGUGGAUGAGUUAAAGGCGCGAAUACGUAAAAGCAAAAGGGCAUUUGAAAAGGUCAUUGACGAGAUAAAGGAUCGUGUGGCACAGCAGGAAGAGCUCGACGAAGAAAAGCUGCAACAUCAUCGAAGAUUGGAGCAUGAUCAAGCAGAGGCUAGAAAAAGACGCGAGCUCAGCCGUCGGCACAUGACAAAUCCUGAACCACCCAGCCAAGUUGAGUCGAAGACGCAACAUGAACGCGAAUCGGCCACAACAAAAACAACUGGUGCCUCUGAAAAUAAACUGCAACAAUUUAAUGGUAAACGCUUGAGUCGCAAGGAGCGCACUACUCGCUUUAGCGACUACAAGGAUGGCAAACCGAGCCACAUUACCAGCUAUGUAAGUCAGUUGCAGCAGCAGACUACAAUGCCAACGCCGGUGUCAGUAUCGGCCACUGUGACAACGACCAAGCCAUCUCCUUAUAUGCAUGCUGUGCCCAAUCCAGCGACAGCCUUGCUGCAAAUGCCCGAAUCGGUGGCUAGUAUGCUAAGCGCUGCCGACAAAGCGCUCGACAAAGCUAGCAAAACGUCGUCGAAGAGCUCCAAGAGCCGUGGAAAUCGCAGUAGUCGAAGAAGUAGGAGCCGAAGCAGGAACAGUAGUACCAGCAGCGAACGCAGCUCUGCGAGCAAUGAAAGUUCCAGUAGCUCAAGCAGCAGCAGUUCAAGUUCCUCGACAUCGGGUGGCAGCAGUAGCCGCAGCAGAAGCAGAAGCAGCGCCUCUAAGACUCACGGUAGUCGGCGUAGGGAUGAGCGUCGUACUCGCCACAAAUAUGAACAGUAUCAUCAGUCCUUUAACUAUCGCAGUCAUCAUGACAGCCAGCCACAACACCGAAACCGUGACAGCCGCGACAGUCGUGAAUACAAGCGACUGCAACAACAGCGCAGUCGCCAUUCCAGCGGCUCUAAUGAUGACGAUGGCUAUAGACGCUCGUCACGUCACAGCAGCAGUCGCAGCCAUGGCAGCAGCAGCUACAGAAAACAGGGGCGUCGCACCCGCUCUCGGUCCCCAUCACGCACUUCCUCAUCCGCGCAGGGGCGCAAGCGCCGUUGAUAAUUCUAUUGCAUGUUAUGUAGCAAGUUUUUAAAAGAAAACAACCAAUUUUACUUCCAUUCAAUACAUUUUUUAUUUAGUUUAUUUCCUCAUUAAAAGUAUUCAAUGUAGUACUUCAAA